GUCGCAAAGCACGACAUCCCUCCCAUGGUCGAGCUCACCUGGAACUACGGCCCGCACUACGAGCUGUUCACACCUCUAGCUGUCGAGCUCACCUGGAACUACGGCCCGCACUACGAGCUGUUCACACCUCUAGCUGUCGAGCUCACCUGGAACUACGGCCCGCACUACGAGCUGUUCACACCGCUAGCUGUCGAGCUCACCUGGAACUACGGCCCGCACUACGAGCUGUUCACACCUCUAGCUGUCGAGCUCACCUGGAACUACGGCCCGCACUACGAGCUGUUCACACCUAUAGCUGUCGAGCUCACCUGGAACUACGGCCCGCACUACGAGCUGUUCACACCUCUAGCUGCGGGCGUGUCGCACGUGCGGGAGGAGGCGCCGCCAAAAAGCCGCCGCCGCAGCCGGCCCAGCCCUGGGAAGGCGCCGGCGGCAGCCGUGUCG